CUCCUUCGUCCUCUUGACUUGUUGCAGAUUACAAUAGCUUGUUCUGUUUGACAUAUAUGGUCCCGACCCCUGUCAAUCAUGUGGCGAACAAGUAUCCACGUCUAACCUACUCGUUGUUCACUCUCGCCACCCACGGCCUCAGCAAGCUCGUUGGCUACUCGUGGCAGGAUGCUGCAGACUACACACAUUCCUUCGCAAAAAGGGAACCCAAAGCGGAGAGGGACAACAAGACUAAAUUUAUUGUCUUCGCCUGUCUUAUCCCUAUCCUUGUCCUGCUCUCUGGGCUAUUCGCUGGUCUGACGCUUGGCUACAUGAGUUUGGACGAGACACAGCUGCACGUCUUGAGCAUCAGUGGCACACCCAAGCAGAGAAGAUACGCCCAGAAGAUCCUGCCCAUUCGUAAGAAUGGCCAUCUCCUCCUCAUCACCCUUCUCUUGGCCAACAUGGUCGUCAACGAGGCUCUCCCCGUGAUCUCCGAGCCAGUCCUAGGUGGCGGCAUUCAGAGUGUUGUUGCCAGUACUGCCUUGAUUGUUAUCUUCUCGGAGAUCAUUCCUCAGUCACUCUGCACGAGAUAUGGCUUGGCUAUCGGCGCGCAGAUGGCAUGGUUCGUUCGGAUGCUCAUUUUCGCCAUCGGAAUUGUGUCAUGGCCCGUUGCCAAGCUCAUGGAGAUAGUCUUAGGACCUCAUCACGGCAUCAUGUACCGCCGAGCUGAACUGAAGGAACUUAUCGCCUUGCACUCCGCGACCGGUGAACUCGGUGGAGAUCUACAAUCCGACACGGUCAACAUCAUCGGAGCGACCCUUGACCUUCAAGAGAAAGUCGUUAGGGAGAGCAUGACUCCGCUGGACAAGGUCUUCAUGCUCAGCAUUGACGCCAAGCUAGACUUCGACACCAUGAAGCGCAUUGGUGACACCGGCCACUCCCGGGUGCCCAUCUAUGAAGAAGUGGAGGUACCCGUUGUAAGCCCCAACGCUCCUGCCGUAAGCAGGCAUCCGAGCAUCUCCGGCACUGUAACUCCCAAGGUCCCUGUUGCCGAGGAUGCACCCCUCCCAGACCGCGUGCAGAAGGUCAAGAAGCUCGUCGGCGUGCUGCUCGUGAAGCAAUUGCUACUUCUGGACCCCAAGGAUGCCAUUCCUCUGAGGAACAUUCCGCUCAACCCACUCCCCUGCGUGCCGUUCAACGAGCCGCUGCUCACUAUUCUCGACAAGUUCCAGGAGGGCCGGAGCCACAUGGCCAUCGUCAGCCGGUUCAGCGUGGAGAAGGCGAAGAGCGUGCAAAAGGAGGUGAAGAAGGGCCUGACGCAGCGUCUCAAGGACCGUGUUGGCAUGGGCGACUCGUCCAGCUCCGAGUCGGGCUCCGAUGAAAGCGGUGACGAGGCUGGGACCACGAGCACGAGCGACCACGAUGCAACCCUCCGGGGCGACGGACUAGAGGGCGUGAAGAAGAAGCGCAAGUGGGGCCGCAAGGGCCGCAAGAAGCGUAAAGCGUCUGCGGACAACGUCGAAGGUAGGACGGACGACGUCGAGCUCGGUGACGUCCAGAAGGAGACGCAGCCGCAGAGCAUCGUCCAGACCGGAUUGGCGAAGGCGCUCAGCGUCGGUCGCGAGCAACGCCUUCCGGACGACGCUGUCCUGGCGAAGGAGCAAGCUGAUGACUUCAUCGCGAGCAUGGACCCUUAUGUGAUGCCGCUCGGUAUCAUCACCCUGGAAGAUAUCGUUGAGGAGAUGAUAGGGGAGGAGAUCUACGACGAAUUCGACCCGGAGAGCCGUGCGCGCGUUGCCCCGCACAUCUCACCCGACAUCGCCAAGCGCUUCCUCUCCCGCCGCCGGGGACGCAGCAGGGACCCCAAGCCUGGAUUUUCGCCCGCAUCUGCGCCUUCCGGCGUGCGGACCACGCCGUCGUCGCCGUACUUACACCCGCAGUCGGUCGCGAGUUCCCCAGGCACCUUGCUCGUCUCGUUCGAAGGCGGGUCGAGUACAGGCACGGGCACGGGGAAGAAGCGGGGCGGGUUGACGAGCAAGCUGCUUGGGCCGGUGAAGCGGGCGAAUACGAUCGACGCGCCUCCGAGUGCGUCGAAGCCGAGCGAAACGGAGCCUGGGGAGAAGAAAGACGCGCCUGACAUAGGCGGCGGCGAGAACAUCGAGACCGUUGAGUCCAGCGAGUCUGGCGGACUCCGCCGGACUCCGGGGAUCACAUGAUCUGGCCAAGCAAGGCACUGCUGAUUGCCACUAGAUCCCCUUGGCGCCUAUUGCGAAUUUCUUGUGCCAGCGCAAAGGUCGGCUUCACGGUGCGUGUACUAGGUCUCGACUGAAGCUAUCCUCCGAAUGCAAGUCGAGAGCAUAGAACUGAGCGAGAGAAAUCUCAAUAAUAUAGGAGAAUACACCCCAGAAUGCGAAGACGUUGUAAUACUUGUAUACACAGAAGCUGCACCCCGGCUUUCCAGUACUUAUGGUCAUGUCAUAUCGUUUACGGAAAAUAUGAGACUUGUGCGCUCCUCAUGGCAUGAACCCUGC